AUGUUCUGGGUGAACACCGUCUGGAUCACUGGUACCAUCCUCUCCAUUGUUUUCAACGCUAUUGUUAUGUUUCUGGCCAUCGACCGUCAACAUCAUCGGCUUGAAUCUAACAUCCUGGUGGUAGACCCAAAAUUCCAAUAUGUCAUCGACACCUACGCCCCUUAUAUAAUUGAUAUGAAAUCUGCAACUAUUCCAAUGAAUAUUCUAUUGCUAGAAGGGCUCUGGGCGUUUUUUUUGUUCGCUGUGAUAGUUUUUUAUACAAUAUAUCGAGUGUUCUACGCAUUGUACACAAACCGAAGAAUUGUGUCCGAGAGGGUUACAAAAGCCCAAAAAAGUAUAGUGAUCACCCUAUUUAUCUAUGGAACAACAUUUUUUGGACUCAUCGGAUUCCCUACUGUCGGAGCGAGUUCCGCAAUCGUUGCUGGUGUGGAUUUGCGUUAUUUACCUUUGGGUGGAAUAUAUUUUAUAUCGAUUUCAAUACCGGCUAUCUUGUUUUGUCUAAUCAAUAUUUUAACGGUUAGCCCUUAUCGGAGAGCUAUCAGGAAUCUAUUCAGACGGUUGAUCAGCCCACUAUCCCUGCAAUCCUCUAUAGCAACUGUAUCUGAUAACCGACAAGCAGUGGUGGCACCGGUGCCACAGUCAUUAUUUACAAGACCACGGGAGACGCCGCAACAAAAUAAUUAUUAA